UCAGUGAUACAGGAUUAAGAUAGCACUUUGACGAAGGUAAGUCACACAUGAUGAUCAUUUCUGCCUAGGAUCACCCGUGCAUGAUUCUGCCGCCAUGAUUUCUUAACAUGCAUGUGGAUUGUACCCUGCAGCACCUGUCUCAUACAAAAUAUAAAUCUGAUAUACAAGUUGUUUAAAGGAUUUUAAAUAAAAUGUUGAGAGUUUCAUUCAACUGCCAUUUUACUUCUAACUCCAAGGCAGGAUGCAUCCAUCAUAUGUGUUUGAAUUGUUAUAGUUUUUUAUUUAUUCAUGGGAAAGUCCCCACUCUGAUUCAGCAAAUCUUAUAUAUUAUUUAACAGCUCUAUUCCCUAUAGAAGAAAAACACACAUAAUAACCAUGACAGAACGUCUACACUUUCUAUGUUUCAUUUUUGACUUGAUAUUCUAAAAUUAUCAGUUGCUAUUUACAGAUUUUGGUAUGGCUUCUUUUUUAGGGCUAAAGAACAGGUGGUAGAGCCAGUGCUCAGCUAGCUGUUACACUCCACACGCCUCCAGUCUGCACAUGUGCGUGUGUGUGUGUGUGUGUGUGUGUGUGUGUGUGUGUGUCCGUGCAUGCAUUGGUGUUACAGUCUGCAACUGACAAAGUAAAAGCAAGAUCAGGGGAGGCAGUUUAUUUGACUGCCUAUGUCCAUGUCUAUCUUCAUGCAUGUUCUUCUUCCUGCACACUGAGGAUGAUGAUGGUGAGCGACGACUGUCUGGUGGAGUGUAAGAUCGAUGAUGACAGUGAUGAAGAUGAUGGAGGAGAAGAACAGAUGAGCACCCCUCCUCCUCCGCCAGAGUUUGCAUCCAAAGCCCCGACUCCGGCGCCCAGGCCUCCGACCCCUCCGGCGGCCCCUGUUACACCCACACCCACCCGUCCUGUCAGCAGGGACCCUUAUGGCAUCAACAAGCACCUACAGGUGGAGGUCAGUGAUGUUCUGGCAGAGCCUGCUACUCCCCGAAGCAUAGACCAGGUGUGGUUUUACAGCGUCACCGGCUUUGAGAAGGCUCGCACCUGGACCUACUGCUGCCUCACAUUGUUGCUCGCCGUGCCCUUCGCUUUCCUCUGUGGCGUCUUCCUGGCCCUUCUGGCUUGUCUACACGUCUGGUUUGUGGUGCCUUGCAUACAGCUGAGCAACACCUUCCUGCCGUGCCUGCGGUCCUUGUGCAUAUGUUCUGUGAAUGUUUUCAUCUCCCCCUUGUGUAAGUCUCUCGCCCUCUGCUGCAGUCAAAUUGCCAUUUCACUGUCAAACAAAGACUCGCAUCAAAUGGGGGACAGAGAGGCUGCACCAGUGUAAGACGUUGCUAGUAGGUGAUAAGUGAGGGUUCACAGCAUCAUUGUGUAUAGGACUUGAUUUCCAGAAGUCAUAACUCGUCUUGGAUGUGAGCACUGAUGACUCAGACUUGGACUCAGGCAUUGAGUGCAUUCACACUCUGGAGAGGUCCCUGACAUUUUUUUUUUUUAAUAACAUUAUAAAAGCCCCACUAUAAAACCUUUUUUACGAUAAACUAGCAGCUUCACCCUGAACACCUGACUUGCAAUGACCUCUGGACAUUCUGCAGAGGGGCUGUAUGUGAGAAUGCAAAUGUCUGGUUGAGAGUCUCCAGACUUUGACUUUCUCCUUCCAGCCCCCAAGAAAAAACUCAGCAGGUUGUCCAGAGGAGCCCAUGGGAGAGCUGA